UUAGUGCGUCGGCCCUGCUAGCGGCUAAGUUUAGCUUCCCGGGCGAGCGGAGCGAGACAGCGAACAAACAAAACAAACAAAGGCAGGGCCUACCUGGAUGCGGAGCAGGUGAGGCGUCCACCUGAGACGGAAGAUCCACAUCCUCUCCUCAGGGACCAGGGACCAGGGACCGCCAGGGGCCCCUACUCGUUUCAGCAGCCACUAGACCGCAGACGACCGAGCUGUUCUGGAACUGCUGUUUCCUGCACCUUUUCACCUGGCGACGUCGGUGCGCACGGCAAUUACGCACGGCUGGGUGGGGAGCCACUGCAUCAUAGCACGGGUCUUGUUUAGUUAGCCUUUUCCCGCUUCGUUGUGGUGUCAGAAUUCAUAGUCUUGGGUUGAUUUGAGUUGUUGUUAUCCGUCUUAUCUACACAGAGGAAGCAUAGACUACACAUCGGGUUCCUGGCUCUGCCGUGGUUUUACGCAUCGAGUGAAAACAGGUGUAAAGGCGCGCAGCCGUCACUUUUGCAGUUAGAACCACGGGUGCCUGGCUCGACGGCACUAAGUCAGAGUAGCCUACAGAGGCAGUGAAGGCGAAGGCCAGCAAGGAAAAACCGAAAACAACAACUAAGUGACAAACAACCCAGGGUAAAAGAUAAACAGAGAGGGAGGGAGUGGCAGGGGGGAAAAACGAGAGAGAGAGAGAGAAAGACAGAGAGAGAGAGAGACACCCCCUGGAGACUAGCUAGGAGACCCGGCCCCCGGUCAAAGAGAAGGAGAGAGAGAGUGAGGGAGUGAGGGAGUGUUUUAAAGCCGGCAGGAGGCAUGAUGUCCUACAUUAAGCAACCCCAUUACGCCGUGAACGGGUUAACGCUGUCCGGCCCGGGCAUGGAUCUGCUCCACACCGCCGCCGUAGGAUAUCCCAGCACCCCGCGUAAACAGCGUCGGGAGCGCACCACCUUCACACGCGCACAGCUGGACAUCUUGGAGGCUCUGUUCGCCAAAACCCGCUACCCAGACAUCUUCAUGAGGGAGGAGGUGGCCCUCAAGAUCAACCUGCCCGAGUCCAGAGUCCAGGUUUGGUUCAAGAACCGUCGUGCCAAGUGCCGCCAGCAGCAGCAGCAGAGCACAGGCCAGUCCAAACCACGACCCCCUAAAAAGAAGGCGUCCCCUGCCCGUGAGGCCAACACUGAGGCCAGUGCCAACCCCACCAAUGGACCCUACAGCCCUCCACCCCCGCCUCCAGGCACCGCCAUCACCCCCAGCUCCAGCUCAGCUAGCGCUACGGUGUCCAUCUGGAGCCCAGCUUCAAUCUCUCCACUGCCAGACCCUCUGUCUGCCUCCACUACCCCCUGCAUGCAGCGCACCACCACCUACCCCAUGACCUACACCCAGGCCCCAGCCUACAGCCAGAGCUACGCAGGUUCCUCCUCCUACUUCACUGGCCUGGACUGCAGCUCCUACCUGUCCCCCAUGCACCCGCAGCUGUCAGGCACUGGAGGAGCCCUGAGCCCCAUCACGGCCUCGUCGAUGGGCGGGCCCCUCAGCCAGUCCCCCGCCUCACUCUCCUCACAGGGCUACACAGCUGCCUCGCUGGGCUUCGGAGCUGUCGACUGUCUAGACUACAAGGACCAAGCUGCCUGGAAGCUCAAUUUCAAUGCCACUGACUGUCUAGACUACAAAGACCAGAGCUCCUGGAAGUUCCAGGUCUUGUAAAUAACAGGAAAUGGGAGGUGGGGAGGGGAGGGGAUAUGGGAAAAAAUUGAGAAAUCAAAACGAAUCGAAGUGGAGUGAAUAACAACCCAAGAUUACUUUUGAUGUGUUUUAGAGGAAGGAAGAGAACUUUGGAAACAGAAAUCAAUUAAUCAUAUCAAUUGAAGAACUAAUCAGCUGAAAUAAUCUCUUCAUUUUUUCUGUAAGAAAAAAGUAUGUUUGGACGUAAACUAAUCUGUUCAUGCUUGGCUUGGUGAUUGUAACAAAGAGACGACAGUAGAGUUUUUAAGUUUAACAGCAUAGAAAUCCGCCUUGAAAUCAAGGAAUGGCUGUGCAAAAGGAACACAUGAUUACAAUAUCUGCACAAUAUAAUCAGAUUACUAAGAAAGAACGACAGCUCUCAUUCUCCAGCUCAGUGAAUGAGAAGGUUGAAAUUGCUGUGAUUUAAACACUGGUAGUGAUGACAAGACAGCCACUUGUCACUUGCAGAAUGCAUCCAUUUGACUGAUGACUCCGUAGUUAUGGUUUGUGGAUUUUAUUUUAAUAUUUCUAUUUGGUUUGAUUGAUAGAGAUGAAUUCAGAAACUGUUUGACUGGCCUUGACUUGGACCAAAUUUGAAGCCGAGAUUAUUUUUCUAAAUUGUAACAGCACAACAAGAGUUUCAAUGACCUACAGGUUUACUGCAUAGACAGCCUUGAAAUUGACAUGUUGACCUGAUGAGAUCCCAAGCUUAUGUUUAUUUCUUCCUUCUAGAUUUUGUCUUGUAUUUUCUGUGAUGUAUUUCUUUUACAAAGCUGCUUUUCAUCACCAAGCUGACUCAAAAAGCUUUGAGCCAAACAACUCAACUGACCCACUCAGACAUCUAAAAGAGUUGUCUUUACAGGGUGGCCACCGAUUCAGUACCAUGUGAAAACUGUAUAGCAGACAGAAGCUGAUGAUUCCCAGUAGCCUUGUAUGAUACUGACCCUCUGCGGCCUGUGUGUAAUAUAAGCGGAGGGGGUAGAAUUGGUCACUGAAGUGACUGCAGUACAAACCUGUUGCCUUUGAGCAUGGUUGUAAUCAUUAGCAGAAUGGCUUGUACAUUGUUAGUAUAAUUGGAUCACUUCCAGACAAUCUGGGCAACAAUGGUCACAUUGUGGCUCUUGGCAGCCGAGCCCCCCCCCCACAUCUCACAGUGUUUGCAUGAGGUUAGAGGACUGUUGAAGCAGUUCUUGAAUUUACAAAUGAAUUCAUCGUAUUUUUUUUUCUUUCUUUUUUUGAACUGCUCCAGUGAGAUAUUUGAUGGGAGAGAAGGCCGCACCAGAGAAAGGGAAGGGACUGGGCCGCUAGGCAGCCCCCCUUUGCACAGAGAGUUUGGUGCCUCUCUCCACCCUAACCUGUAAAGAUGUAAUGGGUACCACUUUAUGUGUUUGUUGUAUUGUUUGAUUUUUUUUUUUUUUUGUAUUAGAUCUAAACAACAUUAUGUUUCUAUAAAGAUUUGUGAAUUUGUUCAAGUAAAAAUUGUGGUAAUUUGUUUUGAAGUUGAUAUUAUUACCAGUAUUAUUACUAUCAUCAUUAAUAUUAUGUCUUCAGCUGACAUGGACAUUGCUAAUAUUCUUUUUGUUGUUAUUUUGUAAAUAUUAAAACUUGAAAAUGCAAUCAAGUCUGUUAUCAGCAAUGUGUUGUUACACAGGCACUCCACCCAACAGAAUCUCUCUUUCUUACUUUCUAGAAAACUGCCAACUUUUUAUUUUUUCUGUUUGUAAUUUUCUGGUUUCUGCUUCUUCUGUUUUUGUUUUUGUUUUUUCAAACUCAGGGGUUUAUCCAAUAAAAGUAGCAGUAAUAGGAUACAAUGCUGUUUAUGCUUCUUAAUCAUUUACUGUACUUUUAUCUUUUGCAUUACUAUAAUCUUCUGUGCUUAUUUUUCUGACAUGAAUUAUUUUGUAUAUUUCAUUUGUCUUCUGUGUUUGACCAGUCUCACCACUACCAUGCU